AUGUGUAUAAUCAGGACACCUGACUCUGCAGAUUGUUAGCAGGUUAGCAGAGUGUACUUCUCUUUAAGCAGAUCAGAGAAGGAAAAUAGGAUUGAAAGUUUACUUGCAAUGUUUUGUUAGGCUAAGAAAAAUGUAAAAUAUUCUUGCUAACUGCACAUCAAUGCAGUUUCCACAGUUUCAGUGCAAUCUGGAUUUAAUCUAAAAUGUCAAGGAUCUUAGACCAGAGAAUUCUGUUGUUAGUAAUUUCAUUUUCAGCAAGUGUUCAGAGUACAAAGAUACUUUCAGAAUGGAAGAAGUGUGGUGAUCUGGAAUGUGAGAAGGCAAUGAGCCGAGUUCAAGCCACUACCGACUACUUAGGGCCUGAUUGCCGGUAUCUUAACUUCAAAACAGGGGAGGAGAUCAUUGUGUACUCCAAACUUUCCAGGGAAAAUGAAAACUUGUGGACAGGAAGUAAAGGAAAGGAUUUUGGAUAUUUCCCAAGAGAUGCUGUGAAGGUUGAGGAAGUUUUAAUUGAAGAAGAAGUUGAAGUGCUUACUAAGGAAACUGAUUUCCUUUGUCUUCAUGAAGAUAAGUACACUGUUGAAAAUGAAGAUAAUGCAUUAUAUGAUCACAACAAAGAAAGUGAACAUUCAUUGUCUGAUGCAGAAUCAAAGCUCCGUGAAAAUGAACUCUUAAAAUAUUUAAGAGACCCCAUACAAAAUGAAGAAAGAACUGAAUCAGUUUCUGAAAAUGACUCAGAGGAAUCUCACAUUCAGGAGCCUGUAAACAAAAAGUUGGUUAGAAAAGAUGAUACUCAAGAGCCACAAAUGCAAAACAGUCUCCCAGCAGAACCUGUUCAAACUCAGUCUAGUUGGAUUUCAGGAUGGUUCACCACAGAAAGUGAAAAGGAUGAAGAGCCCUUAAAAGUUGUUACUGAAUCUUCAGAAACUAAUAAAUACCAAGACAGAAAAACAGAGGUAGCAGCUGAAAAUGAUUUACAGGAGCCAAAGGAUAAAGAGGAACAAGAACCCCCUGCAUCUGGCUGGUUUCAAGGUGGACUGACAAACUUCCUGUAUUUUGGUGAAGAAAAUGAUGUUCAUUUGGCAUUAGAAAAAAAUGAUCCACAAAACUAUGAUGUCUCUGGUGUGCCUGAGCAUUCUAGUACUGAACAGGGAGCAACAGUCACUGAGGCAUUGUCAGAAGAAACGAGUGGAAGCCAAGAAUCUGAAUCAAAUUGGUUUAAUUUGGGUUUAAGUGAUGUUCUUAAUUUUGGCCAUGCUGAGGAAGUUACAACUUCUACAGAGGACCAGAGAAGCAAAGAAACAAUGGAUCAAGCAAAUAAGAAUGAUGAAGAGCAGACUUUAGACCAGAAAGGAUUACACAUGGACAAAGAAUCAGAGGAAACAGUUAAUGCACUGACAGAUGAGGAAGAUGAGAAUGAUGCACAAGAAAUAACAGAUUCAGACAGUAACAGGGCAAAUCCUGGGGAGAUACCAGCAAGUGCACAUGCUCAUAAUGACACCAAAAACACCUCAAGUAGAACAGAAUCUUCUUUUGAUAUACUAACAUGUGACAAAGAGAAGCCAAUUGAACCUUACAGCUCAGAAGAAGACUUGGUAUCAGAAAGCCAACUGCUGAGAAACACUGAAGCUGAAAAGAAAAAUCAGGAGUCAGAACACAGACAUGGCCAAUCAGGAGUAGGCAGAAGAAAGCUACUAGAAGAAACACCAGAGAAGGAGCAUGAAAUGUAUGUAGCUGUAAACAGUGAACAUAACAGUGACCAAGAUUCAAAAGCAACAGCCAUUGCUUCAGUAAAUUCUGAAACAAAAAUGGACAGUUCAGGAACUGACUCAGAAGUUGAUGUCAAAAAUUCUUUCUCUGAUGCCAUCCAGAACUAUGUUCCAAGUAAUGAAGGAGGCUGGAUAUAUCAGAUACUUCUGUGCUUGAAUGGUCUUGAGAUCAGAGAAACAAUAAAAUCUGCAUCGUCAGCAGUGAAGAUUAUCAUCAAAUCGGCUGUGGCUUCACUGCCUGAAGAUAUGAGACCAGGCCCUGAUCUGUAUGGUUUCCCAUGGGAAAUUCGCUCCCUCUGUCACGCUGGAAUGAGGGAGAGAAUCAGAGGACUAAAAGCUAGAAAACUCGUGGACAUUUUCAGUAUUUAUUCUCUUAUUUUUCAGGUUAGAAGUCGACUUUAUGUAGGAAGGGAAAAACAGCUUGCCAAUAAAAUUACAGAACUAGUUGAAGAAAAAUGCAAAAUUCUUCAAAAACUCAGCCUGUGCAAAAAAGAGUUUGAAGAUUUACAGUUGUCUCUGAAGGAUGGUAACACUAUGAAAGAAUCAACAGACGCAUCUUUUUUUGAGGACAUGCAUGAAAAACUGAACAAAUCAAACUUGAAACUCAGCAAAGAAAUAGAGAAUCUAGAAAAAGAACUGGAAGAAGAAAAAUCUAAGCAGCUGGAAAACGAUACCUUGGUGGCUGAAAUUCAGGAGAAAGUGGAGUCUUUAGAGAAUGAAGAAAAAUCUAUCCAGUCACAAAUUGAUGAGGCCAAGUCCACCCUAAAAGUGUAUCAGAUUAAUACUGAGAGACUCAAGACAUCUGUUCAAGAUGCAGUAGAUGAAAACAGCCAUCUCCAGGAAAGUGAGAAACAGCUUUUACAAGAAGCUGAAGGAUGGGGCGAACGACUUAGUGAACUAAAUGAACAAACAAAGAUGUUCGAAUCAUCUAAAACAGAUGUAGAAGAAGUUCUGAAAAACAAAGAGAGCCAAAUCAAGUCGCUGACACAGUACAUACUGAACAUGAAAGACUGGAGCUCAGCAAUACGAGAAGAUGGUGAUGUUGAAGACAGCCACUGGGACACAGACAUAAAGGGUGAAACAGAGAAUGGAGAGCACUUAGAUGAUGAACAAAAACGAACUGUAAAGAAAUUGAUAUAUGCUGCAAAGCUAAAUGCUUGUUUAAAAACCAUGGAAGCAGAAAGAGACCAAAUGUAUUCAAAACUGUCUGAUGAAAAUAAAGCUAAAGGAGAGCUUACAGAACGCAUAGAAAACCUUCAAAGCCAGCAAGCUUCCUUGCAGUCUGAAAAUGAACGUUUUGAAAGUGAAGUUCAAAAGCUUCAGCAGAAACUUAAAGUAAUGACUGAGCUUUAUCAAGAAAAUGAAAUGAAACUACACAGGAAGUUGACAGUCGAAGAGAGGGAACGUCUACAGAAGGAAGAAAAGCUUUCUAAAGUAGAUGAAAAAAUUACUCAUGCUGCUGAAGAACUUAACAGCUACAGAGAACGAGCAAAGGAUCUUGAAGAAGAACUGGAGAGAACCAUUCGUUCUUAUGAGAAUCAGAUAACUUCACAUGAGAAAAAAGCUCAUGAUAAUUGGCUGACAGCCCGAGCAGCUGAAAGACACCUCAAUGAUAUAAAAAAAGAAAAUGCACAUAACAGACAAAAAUUGACUGAAGCAGAAUUUAAACUUGAACUUUUAGAAAAAGACCCUUAUGCUCUUGAUAUUCCAAUGAGACCAUUUGGCAGAGAGCAUUCCCCAUAUGGACCCUCACCAAUGGGCCGGCCUUCAUCUGAAACAAGAGCUUUUCUUUCCCCUCCAACUUUAUUGGAGGGUCCUUUAAGGCUUUCACCUAUGCUUCCAGGUGGAGGAGGAGGAAGAGGAUCCAGAGGCCCAGCUGCCAUGUAUGAAGCUGGAAGUGAAAGAGGAGAGCUGAAUUCUGAUAGAUUAACUGAUCCCCACAGACCACCAUCAGAUACUGGAUCCCUGUCUCCUCCUUGGGAAAGAGAGCGAAGGAUAAUUCUGCCUCCACCAGGUGAGCCUUACGCUGAUCCAGUUCUUUCUGCUCGAAGACAAGAAAGAUUUUUCCCUAAUCCUCCAAAUACUGGAAGGCUUUCUGGACCAGCAGAGCUACGAACUUACAAUGUUCAGUCUUUUGACAAAACAGAUGGGCAGACAUCUUCAGAACAUAGCCCACGAGCAGAACCAAGUGGAGAUGGGAUGAAGGAUCACUCUAACCUGAGCAACUCGCUCCCUGAUCAGUCACUGGCACCUGAAAGUGAAGCUGUCAGUUCAGGGUUUGCACCCCCACCUUUCCCUCCAGUCAGACCUCCGCUGAUGCCUGUGGAUCCUAGAGCACCACCAGUACCUUUCAUGAGACGAGGACCUCCUUUCCCUCCCCCUCCUCCUGCUGGCAUGUACGGGCCACGGGAAUGCUUUCCAGUACGAGACUUCGGGCCUCCACGCCCUUCGCUGCCAAUAAGAAGUCCAUUUCCAAUGAGACCUUAUCCUCACUAUCCACCUCAACGACCUGGAUUUUUGCCUCCACCACCUCCUCCUGAAAAUAGAGUUGAACCAUCUCAGUCAAAUCCAUCAGCUGUAGAACCAGAACCACAGCAGGAGACUUGACAGUCACUUGAGGAAUGUCCUGAACCAGUUUUGUGCUCUCCUACUGGCAUUUUUCUUUAUGUUAAGUAACCAUCGUUACUUAGGUCUAUACAAACUACUUCGCUCAAAUUGAAGCUUAAUAGGGAAAAUUCUCAGGAUAGUAUUUUGUAAAUAAAGAAUUAAAUACCUAUGAAUAUUGUGAAUAAGUGAUUUCCACUGUACAAUAGUUGUUUUAAAUUAAGUAUUUCUAACUUGAGUAGUCUCUUCAGAGGUGUAUAAAAUUAAAUCAUGUGAACCUUAUUGUAAAAGUCCAGCUGCUUUGUGUUGGUUGAGCUGUACAGGGAGUCUCUCUGCAUGCCAAAAGUGAUGCUUGCUGCUUUAUGAAGAGGAUGUGAAAAAAAUGGAAACAGUUAAUAAAAAUCUACAGAAAAUGAAA